UAGAAAGAAGAAGGGUAUUACAAACGCGAUAUCACGACGGACUAUCUCGGUAUGCAUGGGAGUAGUAUUUAAUGAUAAGCUUCAGCCCUCUUUCGUAACUUUGAAAUUCUUCUCAUCAUCACCAUCACCAUCACUAUCAUUACUACCAAUACCAAACACCAAUACUAACACCAACACCACGUCACUCACAUCUCAACACAACAAACUACUAUCUCAACCACCACAAACAAAUCAAACCCAUCCACCAUGGCCCCCGUAACCGAAUUCGUCUUCUCAACCCUCAAACCCACCUCCUCCCCCGAAUCCAUCAACCCCAUCUUCGCAACCCUGAAAUCCCAACCAGGCAACCAAGCCGUCCGCUCCUCACCCACCACCGAAGACCCCUCGCAGAUCCGCCUCCUCAUCGACUGGGACGCCAUCUCCUCGCACUUCGCCUUCCGCGCCACAGACGGCUACAAAGCCUACCUCUCCUCUCUAGCUCCGCACGCCACCGCCCCGUCUAAGAUCCUUCACGCGGAGCUCACGCCCUUCCCUCCUGUCGUCCUGGAUAAGAGUCCCGUGACGGAGGUUCUCCUCGUGUAUUUCUCGCCUGACGCGGAUGAAGUCGCGACUUUGGCUUUGGCGAAGGUUCUUGCGGAGAAGUUGACUGCGGCGGACAUUGCUGGGACGACUGGGUUAAGCGCUGUGGGAUGGUCCGUGGAGAAGGACGUGGUGUUUAAGGGGGAGAAGACGCGUGCGUUGGUUGUGCUGUUGGGAUGGGAGAGCGUGCAGGCGCAUGAGACGGCCAGGGAUACGGAUGCGUUCAAGGUUGCUAUUACUGAGUUCCAUGAUGCGGCGAAGGGGCUUAAGGGGUUUGAGAUUGAACAUAUUAGUGCUAAGGCUUUGUGAGCGGGAUAUGUUUGGGUUGGACUUUGAUAGGACGAUGUAGAUGGGAUGAUGGUGAUGGAGGUUUGGGUUUGGAGAUAGACUGGAAUGAUUGAUGAAUAGACCUUCUUUGGCUCGCGAGUAUCUUGAUUUGAUCGGCUUGAAUUUGUUUUAUGACGAUAGUGUAAUGAAAACUUGGUUCACAUAUAGCAUCGAAAGCGAGAGAAGAGUAGGUAGUCGCCCAAUUUGAUCUCGGAUAUUCGGACUAUCUA